AUGUCAGACGAAGAGGCGUCCAUCCAAGUGUCCGGACUGGACGGCGCCGAGUCUGCUGCGGGCUCAACACCGGUUCGCCGUCGCCGGGGCCUGAAACGAAGCUCCGCUGCUUGUCAUAGGUGCAGGCAAAGAAAGCAAAAGUGCGACGGAAAGCAUCCGAGCUGCGAACCAUGUCUCGCCGCAGGAGUAACUUGCAUCCCUUCAGAGCGUCUCGUAGUUCGGUCGGAUCCAUGCUGUGAGUGUGAACAGCUGCGGGAUCAGGUGCAAGCUCUACGCUCGGAAAAUGAGAGGCUGAGACACCAGCUUGACUGUCCAGUAGACAGUUUCCAACCGGAGUUUAUCAGCACCCCUGUCCUCGAGGUGCCUCUAGAAGAUCCUGCUCCACCGUUAACACCAAGUUCUUCGAGAAGGGAAACCCAAACCAACUCAGAGGAGCAUGUUGCAUAUAGCGGGCGCAUUCUACUGCCAACAUUCCGGAGACGGAACACUGGCGAUGGGGUGAACACAUCAUUCUUAACGAGCCCCUGGCAUCUCUGGCAUGGGCUUAACGCUGAGGCUGGAGCAACUCCCGGGGUAUCAUUACCAUCGUACUUAGCGGACACUGGGGAGUUUGCCGAACUCUUCUUCGCCCGUCGAUGGCCACAAUUCCCUGUUCUCCACAAACCCACAUUCAUGAAGGACGUAUACGGGCCCUUCAUCACAGGUGAAAUUUGUAAUGGCUUGACCAAGUUCCAAGCAAACUUUGUCCUAGCCAUAGGCGCGUCAGAAAAAUCGAGAACUGGUCCGGGUGAGGUGGCGGUACACGAUCACUUCUUCGAGGCCGCCAUACAACACUUGGGUGCUGUCCUAGCCUCCGACGAUGUGUCAUGUAUCCAGAGCUUACUCCUACUGUGUAUAUACGGUAGCAACGAGCCUGAACGUGUCGACCUCUGGUAUACGGUAGGGUUAGCUCUACGCUUGGCGCUUGGGAUCGACAUGCAUCGGCAAGAGACGACUCCAUGCGGCAGCUUUGUGCAGGAAGAGAUGCGCAAACGGCUGUUUUGGAGCAUCUACACGAUGGAUAGAAGUAUCUCAAUAGCCAUGGGCAGACCCACCGGGCUCCAAGACGUGGACAUCACCGCCGCCUUGCCACUAUGCUUGUCUGAUGAUCAGUUACUUCAACCUCGCGAGACGGCCGUCCCCUCAGUUUUGCCAAGUCCGGAUGAUCUCUCUACAUUCCUCCACAUUAUUCGACUCCGACGUAUCAAUGCUGAAAUCUAUACUGCCCUUCACGCAGCGGGCAACGCUCCCGUCGAAGGAACCGACCCUACCAGGUACCACUAUCUCGCCAUGUUGAAUGGAUGGCUUGCUGCAGCACCCAGAUACAUUGGGCCUACGUCAAUGCACCAGACAGCUGAAUGGCAGCAAAUUGCCUAUCAUCAAGCUGUGUUGACUCUCUUCCGUCCCUCUUUCGUUUCUCCCGUCGUCUCAGUCGACGGGAUGCGGCUCUGUGCGGACUCGGCAAUCAGCCUUGUCAGCUGCUAUCACUCUCUCUACGCCAAAAACAAAGUCUCUUAUACCUUUGUCGCCCUAGUCUCACUUUUCAUGGCGGCCAUCACGAUUCUCUACGUUCUCCGAGCCAGCCCGUUGCUGCGUCAAGAACUGACAAGGGAGGUGACGCAGUCAAACGUGGCCUCCUGCGCAGCCGCCCUCCGGCGCAUAUCAGGCGGUCGGUCCGUGGGUGAGCGAAGUGCACAGAUUGUCGAGAGGCUUGGAAAAUCAAUCCUUGCCCUCUUCGAGACAACUGAAACCGUCGAUGAGGAGGUGGAUACAGAGUUCAUGUCAUGGUUUGGUCUGCGGUGUCAACAGCCCUCCGUUGAGAGUCAGACAACGCCGAGUGUUGACGUAGCGUGGAUUGACUUAUUGGAUGAGGGAUUUGACCUCCGGAACAACUUUUACUCUGAUGCCUUUAUUUAG